AAUGCGGAACCUUUAAUGUCGAGAAAACCGUUGCGAGUCGGAUCUGUUUCUAGGACGGAACCAAAACAGCCACGUAGUGUAGGCAGGAGCACGUCUGAGGAGAGACAUUUGUGGUUUUGUGAAGGGAACUUCAUAGAAACAAAAGACAAAGAUCACAGAGGACUGAAGCUGUCUGUACCGUCCAGGCCAGCCUGCAGUCUUAGCCGAAGUUUACAGAGCAUGAAGUAAAGGUGAAUUGCAUUGGUGAGACCCAGCUUAUGUUCAUGGAUGCUAGAGCAGCAUCUGAAUUGCAAGAAAUAUGGAAAAUGGAAAUAAGGAAACAGCCUCGUUUGAGGCCAACCCUCAGCAUCCGGACGCAAAACACGGCAAAGAUCCAGACAGCAGUGCUGUUGAAUCCCUGAAGAUGGAGAGAUCACUAGUAAUGGAGAAAAUCCCUAAUGGUCAUGUCAGAGCAGAUCUGUUGCCAAACGGAGAGGCCGUGGUGGAGGGUCAGGAAACUCACGGAAGCAGCACCCCACCUCUGGCUACUCCUUCCCCGGGCAGCCGCCUUGCCGAUUCCCCUCUGAGCGCAGAGCUGGAUCCAGGUUUGGCCUCUUUCCCUGACAGCCUAGAGAAGUCUGAGGCAGCUCUUGCAGAGGGCUCUGUUCACAAGGGUGACGCAUUGCAAUCGCUCAGACUAAGUAUUCCUAUGCAGGAGACUGAAUUGUCAUCGAAAGAGCCAUCUGUGGAGAUGGAAAAUGAAGAAAAGAUCCGUCAGGAAGCUCGUCGGCGUCUAGAGGAACAGCUCAAACAAUACAGAGUACAGCGGCACACAGAGAGAACCAGGCGUUCCACUCCUAAGAGCCGCGCUUUUAGCACUUUGGACCCAGAGCUCAUGCUCCAUCCCGAGGGUCUCCCACGUGCCAAUACUGUCGCUAUGACUAAGGAAUACUCUUUCCUGCGUACCAGUGUUCCCCGUGGUCCCAAACUGGGCAGCCUUGGAAUCCCUUCCAACAAGGAGAAGUCCAAAUCAUCUCGCUCCAACAAGAUCCACUCUCUCGCCGACUACAGAACUUCUGAAUCUGAUGCUCAAAGUGCAGAUACGUCUGGUGGGGUAGUUUCAUCAUCUGGCGACACGUCGUUUAGCUCUCUGCAUUCCACCAUCAGCUCAGUCUCCACAGUUUCGGAAAUGAGCAUCAGUUCUGAGACCAACACCCAUUUGGAAUCAUCUCGGCUAAUCAGAGGCAACAUCUCAGAGGUUGAUGGUAGCGAAUCAGGUUUCAAAGCUGAUGGUAAUGACAGCGAUAGCUCAUCCUAUAGUAGUGUGUCUACUCCAGGGACAUAUAAUAUGUUAGCUGCAAUAGUGAACCGGCCAAAGGCUCCAUAUACUGUCGAAGGGAGAGAGAUUGCUCCAGAAGCCAUGGGACACUUUCCAUCACUGCAUGAAGUCUUGCAGACAGCCACUGAAGAGAGACACAUGGAAGAGGAAAGAGAGGGCAGUGUGGAGCCUCGCAGUCGCAGGGACAGCUUCUCCAGCAGUGUGUCGUAUGGGAGUUCUGUGAUGGGGACUCAUGAUGAGAUGCUGCAAGUGCUGAAAGAGAAAAUGAGGUUAGAAGGACAACUAGAGUCUCUUUCCUCCGAGGCCAGUCAGGCUCUGAAAGAAAAGACAGAGCUUCAGGCCCAGCUGGCUACAGUAGCUGCUCAGUUGCAGGGCCAGGUAGAGCAGACCCAGGCCAGUCACGAGAAGCAGAGCACCCUCACCUCUGAGGUCACUACAUUACGCUCCAACUGCUCUGCACUGGAGAAGGCCAUGGUGGAACUCCAGAGCAAUCUGGAAGGGAAAAACGCCAACCUGGCCUCGCUGGGCAGUGACCUGCAGCUGGCUGAAGAGCAGUACCAGAGGCUCAUGGUCAAAGUGGAGGAGAUGCAGCAGAGCCUGAAUACCAAGGACAACACAGUCUCUGAAUUACGGCAGCAGAUGGGGGGCCUACAGGCACAGCUUCAGAGGGUCCAGAGCGAGAGGAACGCUCUGCAGAGUAGACUGAAGACGUCGCAGGCAGAAGUGGACUCCCUGCAGCAGCUGCGCCUCUGGUACCAGCAGCAGCUGACUCUGGCACAGGAGGCACGAGUGCGACUGCAGGGAGAGAUGGCAAACAUGCAGGCUGGUCAGAUGACUCAGAUCGGAGUGUUGGAAAAUCUAAAGAUGGAGAAUGUUACUCUAUCUCACAAACUCACAGAGACGAAACAUCAAUCUAUAAAAGAGAAGGAACGGAUUGCUGUGCAGCUACAGAGUAUAGAGACGGACAUGUUGACUCAAGAAGCGGCCAUACAUCAGAUCCAGGAGGCAAAGUCAAUGGUGGACGAAGAUCUUCAGCACAAACUGGAAGAGUUUGAAGAGGAGCGAGAGCAUCUUCUCAAACUCGCCAACACAGCCACAACACUGGAGAGAGAGCUAGAACAGGUCAAACUCAUUCUCUCCCAAAAAGACGCCCAGCUGGAAUUGCUUCAGCGUGAGCACCUAGAGCUGAUGAAGCAGCUCACCAGCACUCAGGAGACCCUCCAAACCAAAGAACAGGCCCUUAAUCAGCUGGAGGCACGAUACCAGGAGCUCCAGACUCAGCUGGAGGAGCUUCAAACUGACGCCACAGCUAAAGAGGAGACCCUGCAGUAUCUCCAAAAUGAGAAAAUAGUCCUGGAAGUUGCUCUGCAGGCAGCGCGAGCCGAUAAGAGCGAACUGGAUGAAGGAGCGGAAAGGCUAGGAGAGGAAGUGCUGGUGGCAUCAGACACUCUUGACCAGCUUAAGCAGGAACUACAGGUUAAAGCAACCCAGAUUGAAGCUCUCCAGCAAGAGAAUGGCACCCUCAAAAAACAAGCACAGAAACUGAAGGAUCAGUUCAUGCAGCAAAAGGUGAUGGUUGAAGCUUACAGGAGAGAUGCCAGCUCCAAAGAUCAGUUGAUCUCUGAGUUGAAGGCUUCUAAAAAGCGUCUGGUGUCUGAGGUGAAGGACCUGAAGCAGGAGCUGUUGAAAAUGGAGGGAGAAAAGAAGAGCUCAGACCAGGAACAGACUCGCCUGCAGAAGGAAGUGGAGAGAGUGCAGCAGCAAAUGAACAGUCUGGAAGCCCAUUUACAAUCCGUACAAACAGAGAGAGACCAACUUGACUCUCAACUGCAGUCCCUUCAGUUUGACCAGAACCAGCUGGCGGCAGUGACCGAAGAAAAUGAAAAUCUGAAAAAGAGGAUCGAACAAAUGCAAAAUGAAGCCAGAAAGGCUAUCUCAGAGCAGAAGGUGAGGAUGAAGCGUAUGGGCACAGAUUUGACCAGUGCACAGAAAGAGGUGAAGGCCAAGCAUAAGGCCUAUGAGAAUGCAGUUGGUAUUCUGAGCCGGAGGUUACAGGAAGCCCUCGCCGCCAAAGAGACAGCUGAAGCCGAAAUUGACAAACUCAGAGCUCAGGUUUCAGAGGGUGGAAAUAGCCAAGAACUUCAGAGCAAGGUGGAAGCCCUGCAGGGACAGCUGAAGGCAGUGAGCCAGAGUAAAGCCAUGCUGGAGAAAGAGCUACAGGAGGUCAUUACCCUGACUAGCACUGAACUAGAGGACUAUCAGGAGAAAGUGUUCGAACUGGAAGAUGAGCUUCAAGAGUCAAGAAAUUUUAAAAAGGGAAUUUGUCGCCUGGAGGAUGCUAAUAAGAAGCUUGCACUUGAACUAGAGCAUGAGAAAGGGAAGCUCUCAGGGCUUGGGAAAUCCCACAGUGCAUUGCGGGAACAUGCCAAUAUCUUAGAGGCUGCACUGGCGAAGAGAGAAGCAGAUCUUGUCCAACUCAACUUACAGGUUCAAGCAGUGUUAAAGCGUAAAGAAGAAGAGGACCAGCAGAAGAGACAGUUGGUGCAGACGCUACAGGCUGCUCUGGAGAAAGAGAAAAUAAAAGUCAAGGAUCUGACUGAGCAGGUGGCGGAGGCCAAGCUGGAGGCAGCCCAUAACCGCAGACAUUACAGAGCAGCCAUGUUGGAACUCAGCGAGAUCAAGAAAGAUCUGCUGGCCAAGGAGGAGCUUAUCAAAACCCUGCAGAAAGAGGCUAAAACACUGGAGGCUCAAGAUGAGAAGCACUCUGAAGAAGUUUCUCAUUUCCAGGAGCAAUUAGCUGAUGCUCACACUCAACUCCAGAUCCUUCAGAAACAGCUUGAUGAUGAGCUCAGCAAACAGCCCCUUACUAACCAAGAGGUGGAGGAUCUGAAGUGGGAGGUGGAGCAGAGGCAGCGGGAGAUCGAGACACAGAAACAGCAGCUGGAGAUGGUGGAACAGUGUCAUCAGAGAGAGAUGGACAUCCUGCAGGACACUCUACAGAGGAUAAAGGUGGAGCUGGAGGUGGUGCAGGAAGAGCUCAAUGGCACACGGAAGGAUAAAUUCAUGCUGCAGGCUAAAGUGGGAGAGCUGAGGAGUAGCAUGAAGACUGUUCUCCAGCAGAACAACCAGCUCAAACUGGACCUCAAAAACAGCAGGCUCAGAAAGCGGAUGGAUUUAAAGGGGGAAUCCACCCCUGUAACGCCAGUAAAAAUCCCAGACUGCCCUGUUCCUGCUUCACUUUUGGACGAACUGUUGAAACCCUCAACAUCCGUCAAUAAAGAACCUCUCAAUAACCUCCACAACUGUCUGAAACAGUUAAAGCAGGAGAUGGACAGCCUUCAGAAGCAGAUGGAGGAGCACACGGUCACAGUGAAGUCGCUGGCCAGUGCAGAGGAGGAGCUCCAAAAACUGAGGCUUCAUGACAACAGCAGCAACGAUUUACCAAAUAAAGAAGAGAAUGAUAAGAUACAGGAAGAGAUGCAGUCCUCCUAAUCCACAACGAAUCCUUUCAAGACAUUAUCUGAGGAGAGAGUUCAGUUUUAUCUUUAAGGGCACUUUUAAGGUUCUUUUGUUUAUUUCUUAUCGACUGCCAAUAUUUGGCUUUAUCUCUUUCCAACCAAGAUUGUUCGGGUGAAACAAAGUGUUUCUUCAUACCACAGCUUUAUUUUAAGAGGGUCAUUUUGGUGUUUGUUUGUGUUGUGAUCACUAUUUAUUUUUAGUUUAGUGAAUAGAGCUGCUCUCUCUUUCUGAUAUGAUCUGUUAUCUCGCUUGCAAUUUCAUAGUAGUCGCCCACAGUCGUCGUUCAGCUUUGAUUUAGUUUUCUUUCUCAUCUCAUAUGAGGUGCAGAAAGAGGUUUGAGAGGGCUACUGCUAGGCUGCUUAGUCCUGCAGAAGUGAAAAGAACCCACAAACAUCCAGGGCGCCAGACUCCAGUGUUAUAGUAACUAGUGAUAUAUUGAUCUAAUUGGUCAGAUGUAUAUUCUACAUAUCCGUCUGGUGGUAGUUCUCACUUCCUGCAUGGAGAAUUCAGCAGCUGAACUGUUCUUCCAUUCCUCUGUGCCUGUGAAUGAGCUGAUCUCAUUCCAUCACUGGACAGAUGCCUGAUCUUGAGCUGUUCCCUGCAAUAUAAUGCAAAUAUAAUCAACUAAACAAUACAAGGCCCUUAUAUCAAUCAAGCAUUUUCUCUCAACUCUUUUUGUCCCCCCCCUCCGCCAUAAACAGAACAUUCUUAGUUUUUCCAGGCCUCAAAUCAAGUCUAAAGCGAUGCUGAUAACUUCCUGUCUACAUGCACACUGUGUUCGGCUUUACCCAUAAGUCUCAGAGUUUAGAUCCACUGUUUCGUAACACAUUCUUUGUGGGUACAAUAAUGCGACCUUGAUGAUGCACUUACAAUAUUAUCCUUAGCACUACGGCCUCAUUCUGAUUGAAACUCAGGACCUGAAGCCCCAGGAAUAUAAGUGUAAGACUGGGAGAAAGUAUUGGCCCUUUUGUACAGGGUAAUAUAUUAUAGAUCAGAUCAUUCAAUAUCAGCUUGUAUCUGGUUUGUUUCUAUGGUUUGCAAAUGUGAGAUCUCAUACCAAAAGUCCGAAUUUGACUUGUUUUCUUUAGGGCUGCGCCUUAAAAUGAAUCCAAUAAGGAAACCUUUAAAUACUGCUAAAAAUGUAUAGCUUGAAUGAAUUUUGUUGUUGUUGUUGAGAGAUCUUGGGAAAUAGUGUAAAAUUGGUUGAAUGUGCUUUCGAAAGCGCUGUUGAGUGUGUUGUACUUAUAUUUAUAAUAUAUAUGAAAUGUGUCGACUCUAUUGCACAAUUGAUAAAGCACGCUUACUGACUUUCAGGUAUGGACAGAUGUAAAAUGUUACUUUUUGAUGGGAAGAUUUUGCCAGUUUUUUGCCCAAUACUAUGUUCACUUAUUUAAAAAAAACAUUUUCACUUCCUGAAAUUCUUAUGGAUAAUUUGUCAUUACAGCCUUAAUUAUCAAAAAUGUGUGCAAAUAUUUUUUGCAUAAUGUAUUUUAAUUGGGUGUAAUACUUCUGUCUUUCCCCUGAUGUCUUCAUUUCACAAACUCCAUUUGUCGGUUGUGUCUGUGGAGCUGGACUUACCCAUGUAAUUGGCUUGAACUGUUUUAAAUGUGUUCUGAGAUAAAGACAUUGAUCUCCAUGUACGGUAAAAACCUUUAGACUGCUAUAAAUGAUUAAGACAUAAUGGGAAAUGAAGCUUUACGCACUAACAUGUACACUUACUGUCAAAGGAUUAACACAUAUUCAGUGGAAGGAAGGGAACGGUUUUUAAUUAACUAAAAAAAUAUACUGUUAAUUACUGUACUGAUGAAAAGCACGAGUUUCUGUUCUGUGUUUAUAAAUAAGAAAAAAAAAGUUUAACUCAGCAUUUUUAUGGGAUGUACCAUAUUGAGUGUAAAAUAUAAAUAAUUCUGUAAAAUGA